AGAGGAAUCGCACUCUGCUGCUUUCCGCUCAGCAAAUUCUGCUUUGGUCUUCUGGAUGGCCCAAGAUGACAGAAAUGAGUAUGUUCCAGAAUGUCAAAUUUCAGGGGAAGGAAAGAUUCUGAGAGGCAAAGUCUGUCCAGGUGAUGGAAGAAUAAAGGAGGAAGUGGUGUUUCUUCCAAAUGUGGCAACUUCAGCCCAGGCCCUCCAAAAUAUCUCCAGGAGCCAAGAGAAGUCACAGAUAAACGCCUCACCGCCAAGAUGCCGCCGCAAAAGAUCUCAUGUGCUAGGCUCAGGGGCUUCCAAUAAUGUACUGGGCAUCCUAGAGAGACCUCUGGCCACUGGCUCAGCCCAGCGUGUGCCAGAGAAGCCUUUCCAUUGCAUUGAUUGUGGGAAGAGCUUCUCACAGAGCUCCAACCUGAUAGAACACCAGAGAAUACACACCGGAGAGCGCCCAUUCACCUGCAGCGAGUGUGAGAAGAGCUUCAGUCGCAGCAGCACUCUUGUAGAGCACCAGCGUACACACACGGGUGAAAAGCCAUACACAUGCACCGAGUGUGGGAGGGGCUUUAGCCGUAGUUCCACUCUCACAGAGCACCUGCGCACUCACACCGGGGAGACGCCCUUCCCAUGCCGAGAAUGUGGGAAGGCCUUCAGCCGCACUUCCAACCUUGUGAAGCACCUGCGCACCCACUCGGGUGAGAAGCCAUACACAUGUGCGCUCUGUGGGAAGCGCUUCUCUCUUAGUUCCAACCUCCUCAAGCACGAGCGCACCCACUCGGGGGAGAAGCCCUUCCCGUGCACCCUCUGUGGGAAGUGCUUCAAGAAGAAGACCCACCUAGUGUCCCACCAUCGAGUGCACACUGGGGAGCGGCCUUACCGAUGUGAAGAAUGCGGGAAGUGCUUCUCCCAAAGCUCCAUCCUGAUUGAGCACCAGAGAAUCCAUACAGGUGAGAAGCCCUACAAAUGUGCACACUGUGGGAAAUGCUUCUGUGUAAGCUCAAACCUCAUCAAGCACCAGAGAAUUCACACAGGUGAGAAACCCUAUGCAUGCUCUAUCUGUGGGAAGGCCUUCCGUUACAAGCCCCAGUUCACCCGUCACCAGAAACAGGUGCACCCAGAAGAAAAGGAAGAGGAAUCGGUUACUACUCUCACCUUGGGGCCCUGGACAGAGAGACUCCCUCUCAUACAAGUCUCUGAGAAAGCAUAGAAUUAGGAGACCUGAUGGUUUCUUUGUGAUUGUACCCCUGCUCACUACAGGCUGCAUUAGAACUGUGGCCAGGCCUCUUUGUGGCUGCCAUUCAACUAGUCUUAGCCCUUUGAGUGACUCUUCUCUGGUGGACUAAUCUACUCUGCCAUCAAUUCUUUCCCUCUGUAUCCUUGGUCUGACAGAGUAAUCUGACUUUCUUCUGCUGCACCAUCCAGUGGGUUAUGUCCUGUUCUUUCCCAAGAAAGAAGAACUCACAGAAGAAAAUAUAAAAUAUAAUCGGAGCUCUAUAAUCCAUGCAUAUAGUCUGGGUUGUGUCUGGAGAAGGCUCAGCACUCAAACUAGGGUUUCAGUAUUCAGUAGGAUGAUCUUUGAUGCUCUUCCCAAGUCUUUAUUGCUGCUGACUUUCUUACCUAGUUCAUAUGUCCAUGGUGUAGGGCUGCAAACAGCCACACACCUAGCUAUUUUGAGUAAGAAGGUAUUGCUCCCAGGUAACUAGACUAGAAUGCAUUUUAAAUGGAGAAGAGUUGGUUCUUUCUUUCAAGCCUAACCAAUAUAUGACCAGGUGGGCUAUAAUCUUUGUGAAGUAAUCUGUUAAUCUGUUUUACUGACCACCUAACCCUUGUCUCUGUGCUCUUCUCUCAUUGCAUUUACCAUCAGUGAUGUCAAGGACACUACCAAAAUUCCACCAACCAUAUUUAACAUAGCACUUCAAAUCAAAAUGCUCCAGUUUGCUGGACAAGGAAUUACAUUUCCCAGGAACAAUAGAUCUGAAUGCUGGGGAAACACAAUAUCUCCCCCACCCAAACCGAAACACUUCCCAGAGAGAGGAUGUCUAGCUCUUUCUCACGAAAAGAGCAAUAGCCCCAUAUCUAUAUGCUCUGAUGUCUUAUCCAAAGCAUUAUGGUGAAGCUGCUCUACUUAGGAUGUUUUAUUCAGAAUAUAGAAUAAAGAUGCGUUGCUGCCAAAAGUGUGUUACAUCUUACCUUUAUUACUAAUCAUGCAACUUUCAAAUAGCAAUUCUAAAGAAGUGGUGUGAAUCUGCAGUAGAAAAAGACAAGACUGCAAAAAAUUCUCAUGCACAUAUAUACCACGAUGCAUAUACUGGGCAAGGAGGUGGUAUAGCCACUCUGGUUUUCUUUAUUGUUUUCUAUAAUAUCUCUGAAACUGAAUGUUUUCAUUUCUGUGUAUUGGCAGCCCUUGAGAAAAAUCAUAUAAAUCAUGUAUAUCUUGAUCAUGAAAAAUAAAUGUUUUUCACCCCGUUUGUUCAUAUCCAUCCA